AGAGAGAGAGGAUCGCCGCGGGCGCUGGGGUCGUUGGUGGGAGGAGCUAGAGGCUCGAGCUACGGUAGGAGAGAAGAGCGAGGGAGAGGAGCGCUGGAGCGGCCAAGCAGCUAGGCCAAGUCCAGGAGUCCAGGACUGGCCCACCGUCGCUGGAGGAGGCUAGACAGGUGUGUCAAUUAUUAUGUGUGUGUCGUCGACGCCGUCUCCGAGAGGGCCACAUGCAGUCGCCCUUCAUCCUGAUGGGUCGAACAUCUUUCCCGGGGCUGGCAACCAACACAAGAUGCCAUGCACAGAACAAAGGCGAAAACCUUCUCGAAUCUUUCCAAUGCUCCAUCCUGGCCCCUUCUUGGCCCGUCCAAGGACCCUGCGCCGCCGCGGACGAGUUGCUAGAGUUUGACGGCGAACCACCUGGAC